GAAACAAUCCAUUUCCAGAAUUCACCACCUAUUCCCAGCAGCACCAUUGUUUCGAACAAAGCUCCAGCAAUGGUGUCGCAUUCGAACCAGCUUCACUUUGUACUAAUCCCAUUGCUGGCUCAAGGUCAUAUGAUCCCCAUGAUAGACAUGGCCAGGUUAUUUGCAGAGCAUGGUGUGUUUGUAAGUUUAGUCACCACCCCACAUAAUGCCUCUAGAUUUGCUACAGUCAUUGAUCGAGCUCGAAUUUCUGGGCUCGGAAUUCAGCUCAUUGAAAUCCCCUUUCCCGGCGAAGAAUUUGGGCUCCCACCGAAAUGCGAGAAUCUCGAUAGCGUGCCUUCACGAGAUCUUAUAAGAAAUUUUUUCAGUGCACUUAAUAAGCUACAACACCCAUUGGAACAAUAUCUACAACAACAUAAUCCCCCUCCAAGCUGUAUAAUUUCCGACAAGUCCCUCUCUUGGACAUCUGAAACAGCUCGAAAGUUUCGGGUUCCGAGGCUAGUUUUCCAUGGAAUGUGCUGCUUUUCACUGCUAAGUUCCCAUAAUGUGAAGCUCUAUAAUGCUCAUCAUUCUGUCAAUUCGGACUCGGAACCUUUUGUGGUACCAGGAAUGCCAUAUAGGAUUGAGAUAAAGAAAUCCCAGCUGCCAGGAGCAUUUGUUACUCUGCCAGACUUGGAUGAUAUUCGAGGCCGGAUGCAAGAGGCCGAAUCAUCUGCCUAUGGUGUUGUGGUGAAUACGUUCAGUGAAUUGGAGCACGAGUGCGUCGAGGAGUACAAGAAGGCCAUCAAGAAAAACGUGUGGUGCAUUGGACCGGUUUCACUGUGUAACAAGGAGGACUUGGACAAGUUUGAGAGAGGAAACAAAGCCUCAAUUGGUGAGAGACAGUGCUUGGCAUGGCUUGAUUCAAUGCAACCAAAGUCUGUUCUUUAUGCUUGUCUUGGCAGCCAAUGUCGGCUUGUUCCAUCACAAUUAAUAGAACUUGGACUGGGCUUAGAAGCAUCAAAUCACCCAUUUAUUUGGGUGAUAAAAACAGGAGAAAAUUUCCUCCCAGAGUUAGAGAAAUGGUUAUUGGAGGAGAGAUACGAGGAGAGAAUCAAAGGGAGGGGACUUUUGAUUAAGGGUUGGGCCCCACAAGUUCUUAUUCUGUCCCACCCAGCAAUCAAAGGAUUCUUAACACACUGCGGUUGGAACUCAACUAUAGAAGGGGUGUGCUCGGGUGUGCCAAUGAUAACAUGGCCUAUGUUUGCAGAGCAGUUCUUCAAUGAGAAACUGAUUGCAGAAAUCUUGAGGAUUGGGGUUCGGGUUGGCGUUGACCUUCCUGUUAGAUGGGGGGAGGAAGAGAAGGUCGGGGUGUUGGUGAAGAAACAUGAAAUUAAAGAGUCUAUAGAAAGACUAAUGGAUGGAGGAGAAGAAGGAGAAGAGAGAAGAAUUCGAGCAAAGGAGCUGGGUGUGAUAGCAAGGGCUGCCGUAGAAUAUGGAGGAUCUACUCAUGUCAACAUUACAGUUUUGAUCCAAGAUAUUAUGAAACAAUCCACUAAAGGAGCAAGCACUACUAAGAACGCUGCUUAAAAAGCUCCGGCGGAGGAGUCAUCCAUAAGAUAGAAUUUUUCGUAAGGUAAACUAUACAUAUGCCUGUAGUCCACGGUUGAAACUAGAAGUCUAGUCAAGAGUUGUCGGAAGAGGGCUCGUGUUAGUUUUUGUUUUUGUUCUUUUACCUUUUUGGUUGUAUCUAAUGUAAAUGUUUGUGUUCACCUCUUUGAUGUGUAAACGAAACUUAAAAAGUAUUUUUGGGUUAUGCAUAUAUUGUAUGGUAGCGAGCCGAUAUGUCACACGCGCAUUACUUUUUAUUAAGAAGUGGCCCAAAG